AUGAGCACCGGAGACGACAUACUAAUGCCAUUGAACUGGGACAGCAAGUGGAUCAUGUUCACAGAUGGAGGCGAGCUACAACCAAAUAGAGAGAUUUGGCUACAGCCCGACGAGGUAAUGGGAUGGGGACAUAUGGAAGAGGCUCUUCAACUUGCUCCCCUCUCCAGCACAGAUCUCCCAUUCAUCCCAGACUGUCUACCACUACUUAAUGCAAACCCGUAUGAUACUCCCGCCUCCGGGGCGAUCACUAUCGAGACGACGAGUAUCGCUUCUCAGAAAUGCGCUUGGGUUGGCCAUCUCCAAGACAACAUAGUCCAGUUAAGCAGCCUGACACAAGAUCCCUGCGAACGUGGCCGCUUCGAUCGGGGAAUGCAAAUUAUUAACAAUGCCUGGGCUACUAUCCGAGCGACCUUGCAAUGCGAGAGUAGCGAGCACUACUCUCAACUGUUCUUCUCUAUGUUAUGGUGUAUCCGGUUGGCCUGUGGCUGGUUUUAA